GCGGAAGCACUUGGGACGCUCACUUUCCUCAACUGCGCAUGCUCAGUGUAAAGGGAAAGUCCAUGACUGAACUGGUUGGGGAAAAUGUGGAGGUUGCCGGGCCUUGUAUGCAGAGCCCUAAACCGCUUCCAUGCACCAAAUGUUCCCAGUUAUGUUCAUGGGGAAGCUGAGGCUCUCAGUCCCUCAUCCUUGAUUCCACUUGGGCAAAAUGUAGGUGGUCGGAGCUAUACAUGUAACUCAUCCAGCCACCAGACUGGACAAAAUGGGCAAGAUGGGCAGAAGAAAAAAGAGACAUAUCGGUCAUUUAAUUGCCAACUGCCCCAUUACUCUGUGCUAGAUGCUUUUGGAUGGGGGGCUGCAGCUGUGUUCUUUCUGCAGUUGGCUAGACAUGCUUCAUUUCAGAGCUCCGUUACCAACUCUCCCAGGGAAGACAGGUGUACCCAGCGAUCAUACCUGGAACAAAUUCUUCAUUCUCUUGCACAGACUCAAAAUAAUUCUAUAAGAUCCCAGAUUCUGCCCAAAAGAGCUCCGGCAGGUGGCUGGAAUGACGUUCGACUGCAAGAGAAAUCUGUAACGGAUGAGAGUGGGAGUUCUACUGAAAGCACUAGUUUAGCCUCUUCUUCUGAAAGUGGUUUGGUUCAUCCUAAUACUGAUGAAGAUGCCUCACAGCUUGCAAACUCUGUCAAUUUCAUUACUGUCAAAACCAAAACUCCUGUUCCUGAUUCUGUUGUAAAAGCCGCAGCAAAAAGGCACAGCAAAGAGGUUCUGGUACCUGAAGACAACCUGGGGGAAUCACUUCCAUUGGCAGCAUCUAAGCUCUUGGAUGUAGUUGAGAACAGUGUUCCUGUGGUGCUAAAUAUCUCCGGCAUUAUUAGCGCAAGAGACAGAGCAGAUUACAACACAGCUUUCCAAUUUUUUCAGCAAUCUGCAGACAGUGGAUACAGCAAGGCACAGUUUAAUACUGGAGUUUGCUAUGAACAAGGGAGAGGUGUUGAAAAGGACAUAAAUAAAGCUGCAGCAUAUUACCUCCUUGCUGGAAAAAAUGGACACAUGCAAGCUAAAUAUCGCUUUGCACGCUGCAUCUUACAAAUGCAAUCUAAAGCUAAGUUAGAGGACAUCCAAACUGCUGUGCAGAUGCUCAAGGAAGCAGCUGAUGCAGGGCUGAAAGAGGCACAAGCCUAUCUAGGAGUUUUAUACACUAAAGAGCCAUAUUUGGACCCUCAGACAGCUGUGAGAUACAUAUGGAUGGCUGCUGAAAAUGGGGAUAAUCAAAGUAGGUAUUACCUAGGAGUGUGCUAUGAAAAAGGAUAUGGAGUUCCGGCCAACAGGCUAGAGGCACUAAGACAUUAUGAACGAGUUGCCAAAACCGGCCAUGGAGCAGCUAAGCAGAAGCUUAAUGAAUUCCAUGAGAAACAGAAAGAAGACCUUAAUUCAUACUCCAUCAGCCUUAAGGCAGCUGCUUCGAGUCCCUGCCUUCCUGUCAUGGAAAGAGUGAAUAUCCUGGCAGAAGAAAGAAGCAUGCACUAUGGCAGCGGAUCAAGUGGCUUUAGAUUGCCUCAGUCCAUGAGCACUGGAAAUCUGCUGGCAUUGUCCCAGGCAGCCAGCAGCAGCUACACCCUAGCACCAGUGCAGUCAAAUACUGACAAGCUCAAAAUGGUCUCUCUCAAAUUAAUUGGCGUUGGAUGAAAACUGUACGUAGAAUAUACCUUAUAGCACUUAAACCAAAGAUCUCUAGCACAGGUUAAGCUUUUGUAAUUGUGACAUGCUACCACAAUCCAUAUGGAUUAAUUGUCUUUUUUUGUACUCAAGUGAGUGAGUGAGUGAUUUGCCUGUACUCCCAAAGCACUGGCUCUUUGCACUUAUGGGUUAUUACUGUUGGGGAAAGUUUGGCUACAACAAACAUUUAUUAUGCAGGAAAAGGUCCUGACAUAUUAAAAGCAUCAUUGGAUGAAUU